AAGCGGUUUCAUCAAUUAAAUAACAUGAACUGAGUGAUCCCUAUACACCAGUUCUCUUGAAAACUGCAACAAAUCUUCGACAAAAUUUUAAAAUAUCAAGAAAAGAGAUUCGACGAGAGGGGAGGAAGUAGCGUAACUGUUGAACGAAGAAUCAGGCGUUUUCCCUCUCCCUAAUCGAACUCGGGGUUGCUCUGGUUUCGAGCAUUGGUUUCUAGGGUUCGAUCAUCUGUUCGGACUCACCAGUGAAGUUGGAAACUUUGAUUUUUCCGGUGUGAAGAAGGUAGAAAGCUUCUUUUUUGUAGGGGAUGGGAGAGGCAUCAGGAGAUGAAGGCUUAGAAUUUAAGUGGGGUAAAAAGAGAAGAGUCGGUGGUAAAAAGAAAGACGUCCAGUUCUACGAAUCUUUCACCUAUGACGGUGUUGAAUACUCUCUUUAUGACUCUGUCUUAGUUGGCGAUGCCAAUGAACCAGACACUCACGAACUCUUUGUUGCCAAGAUCAUUAAAAUUUGGGAACACACUAAUAAGCGUGCUAAAAACCCAAGGCAAGUCAAGCUUCUCUGGUUCUUUAGACCUUCUGAGAUCUCGCCGCAUUUACUUGAAGGAGUGCCAGAUGUACUUGCAAAGGAACUGUUUUUGGCGUCUGGUGAAGGUCCUGGCCUCGCUAAUGUCAACCCACUGGAAGCAAUCUGUGGAAAAUGCUCCGUUGUAUGCAUUUCGAAGGAUAAAAGGAAUCCACAACCCACAGAUGAAGAAAUUGAGUCAGCAGACUUUGUGUUUUGCCGAGUAUUUGAUGUUGGAAGCUCUAGAGUGUUGGAUACAAUAGAUGAUAAAAUUGCUGGAGUUGACGUUAUGUUUCUCUUCAACAGAGCUGGUAGUAAGCAAGAAGCAACUAAUGUACAGAAAGUUCAAGAAGACAUAAAUGGAAAUCCAGAUACUUUGAAACCAAAUGGUCUUCCAGCUUGUGGUUCAGUUCGUGAAACUGAAGACAACUCUAUUGAAUCUUCUGACCUUAGAGAAAGCAGUUAUAGUCGUGAAGAAGGGAAAGAAAAAGGUCACAGUAAACUUGCAGAAGAAAGGUCUAACAAGGAUUCUAGUGUGCAGGAAAGAUACAGUAAAGAGUCAAGCGGAUUUGAUGAUAGGCCUCAAAAGAAACGGAAACUAGAUGGUUCUGAUGGUAAAGGAGAUACAGGUUCUUUUAAGAGACCUAGAGAUAUUAGUUCUGAUGGUAAAAGAGGUUCAGAAGCUUUUAAGAGACCUAAAGACAAAGAGACAGGAGAUGAAGUCCCUCCUGAGAAGCCCAGUUUGGUCAAGGAGAAGCGAGAUCUUGGUGUGUCAGUUUCUGAAGGAAGAGACGCAAAAACUGCAAAGAAACCUAGCUUUGAUGGUAGGCUAUUAAAACGCGCUGAGGACGAGACGUUGGCAGAUGAUUAUGAAAGAGGUUAUCAAGUAAUUGAAGUGAAACAAAAGCCGGAUGCUGUCAACAGCAAAUGGUUUCGACCUCUUCCUUGGGAAGAAAGUAUGAGGGAAGCAGAAAAGGAAGAGAGACUUGUUCUCCUUCAAAACUUGGAUCCUACUUACACAUCUGAUGAAGUGCAGGAUAUAGUCUAUUCUGCUUUGAAUGAGCAGUCUACAGCGAGGAUGAUAGAGCGUACAUCAGUCACUAUUUCUCAUACUGGUGAAGCUUUGGUCAUAUUCAAUUCAAGACAAGCUGCAGAAAGAGCGAUUAGAAGACUAGAUAAGGGGUGCUUGUUGCUAUCAAGUGGGAGGCCCCUUGUUGCUGUCUUUGCUAAGAUAAAUCCUCCAGGGAAGCUCUCAUCAUUCUACGGUCAUACCAAACUACAGAAAACUCAAAUGCGACGAGAGGCGAGAGAUGGAGUGACUACAUCGCGUGGCUCUCAGCCAAACACCCUUGAGUAUGUAAUGGCAAUGGAAUGGUGCUUGCACCGAGCUAGAUCUGACCAUGCGUUUCAAAUGGCUAUUAAGAGGCAAUUGGAGGUGAAAAAAUCGCUGCGGGUUAACUUCAAGGCUAAACUUCCUUAGCUUCAGAAUGAUCUGGUGUUUUCUUGUACAGAAACAUGUACAUCUCUCCUAAGACGGUGACUGAAGCAUUUUGCUAUUGUAGUGAGCAUGCCAGGCCAUCAAAGCCAGUGGACAGAGAAGAGCCAUGGCUAUGGCGUUUUUGACUUUACUUGUCCUGUCCACUCUUUGUUAAUCAUUUGCUAUUAUUACUUAACCAAACUGUAAACCGAAUUCAUGAAUCUAAUUUCCGGUUUGGUAUACAA